AAAACUGCGUCCUGUGGGAGAAGUUGGUAGAAACAGCGAGCAUCUCGCAGUGGAUUAUUCAGAAAUCCAACAUUUCGCAUUUUUGUUUUCACAUCAGCUGCAAAGACACGGAUUGGUGGACAGAAAAGGGGCGCUUCCCCUGACACUUAAAAGAGCAUGUCAAGUCAUCGUGAUAACACAAGGCAGCAGGGGCAGCUUGCCCUAGCUUGAGCCUUUCCCAGAAUGCACCAGCUGUUCCGUCUAGUGUUGGGACAGAGAGACCUGUCCCGUGCUGGAGACCUCUUCUCUCUGGAUGACAGUGAGAUUGAAGACUGUCUGUCGCAAGCCCUGGAGGAAAUCAAAGUCAUAUCCUGCUCUCCAGACUACCUGACCAAUGACAAUGACCAGGCGGUGGUGGAGAUCUGCAUUACACGCAUCACUACAGCGAUCAGGGAGACAGGCUCGAUUGAGAGGCAUGGAGCAUCUCUUGUGUCCUUAUGGGAGUCAUGUCUUGAACAUAACCUCCAGCCGCAGGGCAAAGAUGAAGACACACCUCAUGCCAAGAUUGCCUCCGACAUCACCAGCUGCAUCUUGCAGAAUUACAACAGGCCUCCAGUGAUGGUGUUAGCGGUCCCUGUUGCGGUGCGGUUCUUGCAGCAAGGGAAUCAAGAGCUGAGUAGAAACAUGUCCAGCUACUUGUCACUGGCUGCCAUUGCAAAAGCUGAACUCCUGGCCCAACACACUGAGGCCAUCACCUGCAGCGUGCUGACAGGUAAUGCCAUGCUUUUGAGAGUGCUGCCAUCCGUAUAUCCACGACAACCAGGGCCAAUCCAUCAACACAUCCGUGAGCUGACGGCAAUGAUGUCCCAGCUGGACCAGGCCGGUAGACACCACCUGCUCAGACUACUGCAGAUGAUUUCUGACCUUCACCCCCUGGUGAGUGAGGAGAGAUGGAUGAGUGAGUGA